UUUCUUCACAGCAUGCCCAGUCUGAAGAUGAAUUAUCUUCAGGAUGAUGGAGAGGAAAAAGUAGUGUAUGAUGAACUGGAGUGCAAAAUCUGUUAUCAGAAGUUCAGUGUUCACAGUCGCAAACCCAAAAUCCUGGACUGUCUUCACAGAGUGUGUGCUAAAUGCCUUACAAGAAUCCUCUGUGUUGGAGAUGGCUCCCUUUGCAUUUGCUGCCCUUUCUGCCGCCAAGAGACAGAGCUGCAAGAAGAGGAAGUAGAAGGGCUCCCUGAUGAUACAAAUGUGAUGUCCAAACUCAUGACAAGAGACAAAACAGCAUGGAACUCGGACUGCAAAGAAGUCAUCUUAACACCAAAGAACUUGGCUUCCUCAAGUCCUUCUCAUGGGUCAUCAAACUGCUUGGUAAUAACUAUCACAGCAGUACAAAGAGACUCCACAAGGACUUCGAGCCAAAACACCCUCUCAGAUUACUAUACCAAUCAGAGUCUUGAAUCAGCAUCUGUAAACUCUCACAGUCAACUUGAGCGAGAUAAUUUCUCUAAGUUCUGUAACCACAUCCCCAGAAUACUUGUGUGGCUGCUUGGAUUUUUUUACUUUGGUUCUUUGCCACUUGGUAUCUAUUUACUAGUUAUCCAGAAAGUGACCCUAGGAAUCGUCUGUGUCAGCCUUGUACCAUCCAGUCUAACAGUUUGUCUUGUGUACGGUUUCUGCCAGUGCCUCUGCCAGGGAAUGUGUGACUGUUCCUCUAGAAACUGACUUUUCAACAACUACAAAAUCAAUUUUGGAUAUCAAAAGUACGACCCUUCAAACAAAAUCAAUUUUGGAUAUCAAAAGUACGACUCUUCAAAUAUUGAAAGACUACAAUGCUUUUUGAAGUAAAUCUAAAUGGCCAACAAAGGAACAGCUACAUAUUGAUGUCACUAAAUGCAUAUCCUACUCUUCCUCCUUUUGCCAUACUGUAGUGUAAGCAACAAAGACAACCUAUAGGGAUUAACAAUUCCCACUGAGUCUCCUAGAGCAAAAUUAACUAGGGUGCCUGUGGUGUACAAUAUGGAACACAUUAGAUAGAAGGCAACAUUUUCUGCACCUCAGUCAUGUCACUGAAAUCAACCCCUUUAUUUUCUUUCAAAGCUGACUGACCACUUUAUUUGAAAAUGUAUUGACUACAGAGCAGUACCCCACCCCAGAGAGAACAAUGUCUCUCCUGUGCUUCCUGAGGUUUGAGAAACAGUAGACUUUCUAAUGCUUUUCCCUUUCCCAAACUCAAAAUCCAGUUUUAAGUGGGUGGCGGAAUGAUGGGA